AUGUCGAUGUGUCCAAAAGAUUUAGUCAUUCUUGAACUUGGAAAUGAUGGAGACAGUGAUAUUGAUGUUGAAAUUGAUGAAUUAUUAGGAAACGAUAGAAGUGGGGAACAUGAUCUUGAGUUGAUCGGAUUUAUCCAACUUGAUUGGCACCUCACUACUGCUUUAGUUGAGUGUUGUAGACCAGAAACCCACACAUUUCACCUGCCUUGUGGGGAAUAUGAUUUGAAAGGCUCAAGAUUGAGUAUCAUGUGGUUGGCGUCCCAGUUUCCAGAAUUACCUCUCGAUGCCAACGACAUUAGUGUACGUAGGUAUGCACGAGCAUACAUUAUGCAACUUAUUGGAGGACUUUUGUUCACUGACAAGUCAAGCACUCUAGUACAUCUUAUGUUACUCCCUCUACUGUUUGAUUUCGAGUAUGCUGGUAUGUACUCUUGGGGUGGUGACUGUCUUGCAUGGCUUUAUAGAGAACUUUGUUGGGCUACCAAUGCACAAGCUUUGGAAAUAGCGGGGCCACUCAUACUACUACAAGUAUGGGUUUAUGAUAGAUUUCAAAUUAUAGCACCACAAGUCCAGUUACAGGCCUUAGGUCAUCGUCCACUUAGUUCCAACUACAAGCUAGAAGGUCAUCUAUCAAGUAGUAAGCCUUGCCCUCCCAUGUAUGUUCCCAUCCCUAGUGUUCGAUUUGCUGAGACUAGAGCUACAAUGUCUAGCUUUAUUAUGGGAGAGGUGUGUAGAUCUAUUGGUGAACAAGUUAUCAACCCUUAA